ACGAAAACAGUCAUAUUAUUCAAUGCCGCGUAACGUUAUUUUUAUUACAUCUGGAUACUUAAGAUCACGUUGUCCAGUUUCCUUAUCCACUUUUGACCUUGGAAUUACAUCGCUCUCAAGGCCAUUGAAGUAUAAAGACAUCCGCACAAUCGCUCCUCCCUCGUACCAAUCGCCACCUCAUUGUACUUGAUAAUUGACUUCACCAUGCAUUUUAACUCGGCAACCCUUCUGCUUGCCCUGUCUAGCACAGUCUUGGCCGAAUACCUCACCGCCUUCCACGCCAGCUGUUCACCCGCACCACCAGCCGCAUACAACGACAGCCUGCGCAACUGGAGGCAGAGAAUCUGCGAGACGGAAUUGAAGGGGACUUAUUACGAUGAUAUCGGCCAGUGCCAGGUUCCGAAUCCCGUCAACGCGAACACUAAGAAGGUUUACCACCCAAGCUUAAGCGCAUCGGGUCAGCCCAACAUCGAGACGAGGUGCACCUGGUCAUAAUGGGUGAUGGUAAAAGCUGUAUGGCACUUGAUAACUCUAUGAAUAAAUAGAAUCCUCGGAAAUUUUAUCGUCGUG